CUCCUGUGGCUUGCGUCACAUGUGACCUACUUUAUGGAUCGGCAAGCGAAGGCUUUGCCUGGAAGCGACAGUUCGCAAUCGCUGUUGCAAUUCAACUACUUCUUUGACGAAGACCGGAAGAUGUUGCGAUUACCCGACCACGUUUUUGGGUCGCGCUCGCUUCCGCAACGCCUUUUUGAGACUGGUGCAGUAAUUUCACCGCAACAAAAUCAACAUGCUAGUACAGUUACAUCCAUAGGUGGCAAAGGCGAGCAAAAUCUUUUUCCUGGCAGAACUGGCAACAUGGAGAACGGGAGUGUCAAGAAUGUGCCAAAUGUCCCACAACUGUUGUCUCAAUGUUUUCAGGGUGACGCAAUCACCGUAGCACCACGGCCGAGAACUACAGGUAGCAUACUGCACCAGCCAUCCCCGUUUCAGUACGAUGUGGUGAGUGCGGAGCUAGCGGAGGGCGAAAAGAUACGGAACCGAUAUGGCUGUGUAAACGGUUGGAACCACCGCUGUCUGGCGCUCCGAAAAACCAACAGAAUAGCAUCUGUACCUGUAAUAUCAUCUGAGAACAACCUAUGUCAACGCAUCAGUGCUGGCAGUGGGGGAGCAGGGAGCAACAUCAUAGAGCAUGAGGCGCGUAGUUUGCUUGCGCACCACUUUCUCGAACUGCAGAAACAAAAG